AUGGCAGCCAACGAAUACUACCACCCAUAUGGCCAGCCGCACGAUAGGUCCGAUGCGCCUCUGCCGCCAACGCCCGCCAACCAAACUCCGCGCCCGGUAUCGCCCGUCAGCUCGCCCUUCCAAGACCGGCCCUACCCAGUCCACACACACAGUAGCGGGGCCGUGAGCGGCUAUCCCGUCGACACCUCCUACUCAAACACCGCGCACCAGUCGCCCGCCGACUACAGCUCCACCGCACAUCUCAACGACCCCUAUGCCCGACAACCAGACCCGUUUGCCGACCAGAAUGCAAUACCUCUGCAGAACCAACAAAACAAGCCACCCUCGGACGCUCCUGUCCGUUUCAAUAAUGACCCGGAGUACUAUGGCAUGGGCGUUGAGCCGAGAAGGAGAAAGAGCAAAAAGAAGAAGAAGGGCUGGCUGAGCGGAAGAGUGACGUGGGCUGUCUAUCUCCUCACGGCAGUGCAGCUUGGUGUAUUUAUCGGAGAGCUGGUGAAAAACGGCAUUCUAACCGGCUCGCCCAUCCAAACCAAGCCCAACUUUAACAUCAUGAUUGGCCCCUCGCCCUAUGUCCUGAUCAACAUGGGUGCCCGCUUCACGCCUUGCAUGCACAACAUCAGAAAGGUAAUCGAGGCCAAACCUCCUGUUCUCAACUGGCCAUGUCCCAACACCACCACCAUCGGUCCAAACUCGCCGCAAUGCACCUUGGCCGAGCUCUGCGGCAUGGGUGGUGGUGUCCCGGACCAGACCGGCGUCACCAAUUUCAGAGACCGGAGCCACGAGCCCGACCAGUGGUGGCGCUUCAUCACACCCAUAUUCCUCCACGCCGGAAUCAUCCACAUUGGCUUCAACAUGCUGCUGCAGUGGACCCUCGGCCGCGACAUGGAAAAGGAAAUCGGCCCCUUCCGCUUCCUCCUCGUCUACUUCUCCGCCGGCAUCUUUGGCUUCGUGCUCGGCGGCAACUAUGCGCCCGACGGCCUCACAUCCGUCGGCUGCUCAGGCUCGCUCUUUGGCAUCCUCGCGCUGACGCUACUCGACCUGCUCUACAACUGGUCGACGCGCCGCAGCCCCGUCAAAGACCUACUCUUCAUCCUCCUCGACAUGGCCAUUGCCUUUGUCAUCGGCCUCCUCCCCGGCCUCGACAACUUCUCGCACAUUGGCGGCUUCCUCAUGGGCCUCGUCCUCGGCAUCUGCAUCAUCCACUCGCCCGAGUCGCUGCGCGCCCGAACAGGCCAGGGCCAGCCCCCCUACGCUACCGUCGAUACCCAGCCCCUCGCCCCCAAGGACGAGCAGCAGCCCGCAAACAAAAUGGCCGUCUUUGCCAAACAGCCCCUUGGCUUCUUCAAGGGCCGGAAACCCCUCUGGUGGGCUUGGUGGCUCGUUCGCGCAGGCAGCCUCGUCGCCGUCUUCAUAGGCUUCGUGCUGCUGCUGAGAAACUUUUACGAAUGGAGAAAUACGUGUAGUUGGUGUAGGCAUUUGUCUUGUUUGCCUGUAAAGACAAAUGGCGUCUCGUGGUGCGAUAUGGGCGGCUUGAAUCUUACCACCACCCAGAGCUCGAGUAAUAAAAGACGCGCCUUGGGCGAGGCCCAUGUAUCGGAGCUGCUGGGCCAAAUGGCUGUUGGAAGCCUUGUUUAA